CGAAGUCCAUUUACUUUUCUGGAGCUUGGUGUGAGUGACUGAAGUAUUAGAUUUGAAGGGAUUUGGAUGUAGGUGAGCCGCCUCAUUCGUGCUCUCUGUACCAUCUUCCCACAUCUAUCGCCCGGACGGUCACUGACUGCGGUCGGUGUCCUUCCCGCGGUACCAGAACCAUGCCUGUCCUCGCUGGAUACCUCAGUAACACCCCCAUGGCCUUCAAGUCCUCGGCCUCGCUUAUCCCACCUCCCUUGAUCAACACCCACCAGCCCGGUGUUGUCGCCUCGCUUCUCUACAGCGGCUCCAAGUUCCGAGGACAUCAGAAGAGCAAAGGCAACUCCUACGAUGUCGAGGUUGUUCUGCAGCAUGUGACCAUGGAAGACUCAUACUUGUGUGGGUACUUGAAGAUCAAAGGGUUGACAGAGGAAUACCCCACUCUGACUACGUUCUUUGCAGGGGAGAUCAUCAGUAGGAAGCGUCCGUUUCUAACCAGGAAGUGGGAUGCAGAUGAGGAUGUGGAUCGCAAGCACUGGGGCAAAUUCCAGGCUUUCUACCAGUAUGCAAAGACGUUCAACUCAGAUGAGUUUGACUAUGAAGAGCUGAAGAACUCUGACUACAUCUUCAUGAGGUGGAAGGAGCAGUUCCUGGUCCCUGAUCACACCAUUAAAGACAUCAGCGGUGCUUCCUUCGCUGGUUUCUACUACAUCUGCUUCCAAAAGUCCACAGCCACCAUAGAGGGAUACUACUAUCAUAGGAGCUCAGAAUGGUACCAGUCUCUGAACCUCACCCAUGUUCUGGAACACAGUGCAGCCAUCUAUGAGUUCCGGUGACCCAGGCAUUGUGGCUUUGUUGGCUCAGAAAGACUUUAAGGCCUGCAGAAGCUACAUGAAGGAGACACGAAGACUGAGAAGGACUGGGGAUGGAUGGGUAGAAGGGGGACAUGAAAACUGUGUUGUUACUACUACCAAGAGGAUGUGCUUUUCUGUCUGAGGAAGAAAAGGAAAUGGAAUGAUGGAUUUAUUGAUGGACAGAUGGAAGCAGGUCUGUUGGACUGGAACUUUCACAGAGGAAGGUAUGGACGGAUGGAAGAGACAGAGACAAAGGACUGCUCUGCCCCAGCCAGGGCAGGCAGGAGCUUCAGUCCUGUGGGAUUGGGGCAGAGAGCCAUAGCAGUAUGAUGCUUUAUCAUUUCUUAAUUUGUUUUAACAUCUGAUUUUAAAAGCUUGUUGACUUUCACUCUGCUGUGUCAAGGUCCAGUCAUGAGUUAUGAAAAUGGAGACUUCAGUACUACAACACUUGUCUUUGGCCACUUUAUAAAUAAAGCUGGGGUUUUCCUCUUGCAA